UAUAUAUAUAUAUAUAUAUAUAAAAUUUUAUAAACAUACAUUUAAUAAAUUUUUAACUUUAGUGUUCGUAAUAACUGAAAAAUCACUUAAAAAUGAAGUUUGGUUUAUUUUUUAUCAAAAGAUACUUUGUAAUUUUUCUAAGAUUCAGUUUUGUUACAGUGUCACUGAUGUGUAAGCAUAAGGUGGUGCUGAGCAAUGAUCUCAGAAACUCAGGCUAGAACCCUUUAGUGUUCUAUUUGUUCGUUUUUCACGUAUUCAUUAUUAUUCCUGAGGGUUGAGAAUGUGGAAGAUAGGACUUCAGUAACAAGUUAGCAUUUUUCUCUGUUUUCUGCUGUCUUUUUUUUAACUUGAUUGCACGGCAGGUUUUAUUUUAUCCUACCACGAGCUCUUCCAUGCUAUUCUCGGACAGCCAACCAACCAUUUUCCUUUCGAAGCCUGCCUAGCGCCUGAUAUCACUGAGAAAUCUUCUUGGAGAAUGUUCAGUCAAUCUUCAUUUCCUUAUGCAUACAAUUUUUGGUAGUAGGCUAUUGAUUGCUUUGUUGUUAGAGUUCUUCGUUGCUUUUGGUCUCUGGACAUCUAAUUUUCAGUAUAGAGCGAAGGUAACCAUGUGCUGAUGUGAUUAGUCAUUGUAUAAUCUACUUUGUGAAUCAAACUAUGCUUUCUAAUGAAGAAAUGGUUUUGAAUAAAGAUUUAGUAAUCACUAUGAUUUUUAUGCUGCUGAAAAGAAACUUUCUUAUACACAAUUAAGCAAAUAUUUAAGACAACUUAGUUCUUGAAUAUUUUGAGAUGAAAAAUUAGUUGGAGUGAUACCUGCAGACUUUUUUGUAUUAAUCUUAUUUACCUGGAUUUUAAAAUCCACACACAUUUUAUGAAUCUCUUAGACAGUGAUUAUCAAAAAGCAGAUUUACAGCUUCAGUAAUGUGGUAGAGCGAAGAGCAAAGGGUCUUCGUCUAACGGCCUUAAACUGCGUCCUUCCAAAUGUCAGACUGUCAAUUUCAGUUUCCGAUGUAAACGAAAGUUAAAUGAAGCCGUUGGUUCCUAUGACUCUUGGAAAAUUGAUGAUACUGAUAUAGAAACCAAGUCUGAAGUUAAGUAUCUUGGAUUAGUUCUUUCUUCUGACCUAUCUUAGUUUUCCCAUGUCUUAGCGAUUUCUAAAAGAAUAUUUCACCUGACCUUUUACAUUAAGAAGUUAAGGCACUCAGGUAUAACCCAACCACUCCUCUUACAGUUUGUCAACUCGUGUAUUUUACCUAUUCUUCUUAAUUAUUCACUCUUAUUCUUUCCUGGAUUGCUUGAAAAAGACUGUGUCAUACUUUGUAGAACUCUGAAGACUGUCAGUAGGAUGAGUGGUAUCCCAUUGGGCCAUAUCGUUGGCAUUGUCAAGGAUAGCCAUUUGAUGUCAUGUAACAAAUUUGCUAAAGGAAUUUUGUCAGACUGUGAGCACCCACUCUACUCGCAGCUCUAACCUUGUGUCUCCUCAGGUAAAACAAGAGGUCUUUUUAGAAGAAUUUACGCACGUACGUCUAAGUAUAAAAAUUCCACUAUACCAUAUUUAGCACAUACUUUAUGUGAUGAAAAUGGUGUCAGGCAUGAACUAACUGACCUUCUUUGCACUACUUAAUAAACCAUUUCUUCCACCCUUACAGUACCAAACUUGAUUGUUAUUGUAUUUUUUAUAUUUAUAAUCCUCUCAACUUUUUGUUUUUAUUUAUUUUUCAUAAGUCUGAACAUUGUUUAAGCUGUGUUACCACUGUUAAUUUUGUAUUUCCCCUCACUAUACGAUAUCAACAGAACAUUAGAUCCGAUAAUCUAUAACAUGCUAAAGUUUCCAAACUGAAUCGACAAUACUGUGUGAAACAAACUGUUAUUAUUAUUAUUAAUACUUAAUGAUCUCAAUUCAUGCUUCGAAUAUUUUUGACUUUAUAUCGUUAACGUGGACAAAUUCCUCUGGUUACUUUUGUUUUAAUUUUCAAUUUUAUUUUUAAAAUUUAUAUUAAAAAUUAUUUUUUUUUAUUUGAAGUAAAUCAGAUGCAAUAUUGUGACAAAUGCUGAGAAUUCCAUUCUGUAUUACAAGCACUGUUUUUGGAAUAAAAUAGAUUAUUAUUAUUAUUAUUAAUUGCAUACUGGGGAUCAGUGCUAUGGCUCAUAGGGUAGCUACUCAACAAUUCAAAUAUUUAUCCAGUUUUAGUUUAAGGGAAUUUGAUUAGUUACAGAUUCGAUUGCGGGUUGAUCUCAGUUAGAGAAACAUUGUAACUGGAAUGUCUUACGUCUGAACUUCGGUCGAUGCAUACUACUGAUGGAGAAAGCUGUCCAGUACUCUCUGGCUUUUCGGUGGUUCUCUAACUGGUGUCAGCUAGUGAUAAUAUCUGUGACCAAUUCAAACAUUUCUCUGCCUAAUAAACUUAGGGUAGUCAAACCAAAAUCAAUACUAUCUCUCUCUCUCUCUAUAUUCAAUAGAAGUAUCUUAUCACCUGGUUUAUAAGUGUGUGUGUGUGUGUGUAUGUAAUUGGUUUCUGAGAUGAGCGCCUAGCCUGUAGCUGUUCUAAUUUUACUAAGAUAUUCUUUCACCUGUGAAUGCUGUGAAAUCUGUCCAGCGCCAAACAGUAUACUGUUUCUGAAGUGAGAGCAUUUUUACCUAAUGGAUAUGACUGACUGUUAUUUUGAAAUAUUAACUUUAUGACUGUAGCUUUAUUACGCGUAUACAAAAUUAAGUAGACUUGAAAAAAUGUCUAGACAGUGUUGUUGAUUUCUGCCCAUAAUCUUAAACUUUGAAAAAAAAGACAACAACUGUAUUGUAUCAGACUACUUAUGCAUAUAUAUAUACAUAAUUUUUACUUUCUUUAAACUUUAGUUAACUUAUCCAUUAAAGACAGAGUAUAGAUCCCCAAGAAAAGAAGAUGCUGCAGUUGGUGAUAUAAUCCAAUUAAGAUGUAUUUACAGCGGUUACCCAGAACCAUUAUACACAUGGUUCAAAGAUGAUAGUGAAAAAAUAACCCUACCCAAUGUAAAAAUAAAGAAUAUGGGUACAAUGUUAGAAAUUAACCCUGUAACUCGUGAAGCUGCCGGAGAAUACAGAUGUCAAGGCCUAAAUGAAGUUACCAAGAGUACUAUGAACACUCAAUUUACUGUACAGGUUCGAGUUCGUCCACAAUUUAUCGAAAAACCUGAAGAUAUCAAUGUGCCUGUGAAUGGUUCAGUGACUUUUCGAUGUACAGCUACAGGAGAUCCUGUGCCUAAAAUACGCUGGACAAUCAAUGGUGAAGAUCCAUCUAAUUAUUUAGAUGGUGUACGUAAAGUAUUGCAUGGAAACACUAUGCAGUUAAACAAUCUGACAAUUAAAGACAGUGCAGUUAUUCAGUGUAAUGCAUCUAAUAAAUUUGGUUAUGCUUUUACUAACGCCUAUGUAAAUGUUAUGCGUGAAGCACCAUACUUUAUCAAACCACCAGAAGCAGUUGUACGAGCAGUUGACGGAAACAAAAUUACCUUAUUUUGUCAGACAUUUUCAGCACCAAAAGCUCUGAUAUCAUGGACUAAAGACAGAAGACCAAUUAAUGGUGGUCGAUACAAAAUUCUCCCAUCAGGUGAUCUUUUCAUUGAAUCCGUAGCUAUAACAGAUUCUGGUGUCUAUGAAUGUACAGCAACAAAUCCAUUUGGAAGUCAAAAAGCUUCUGGAAAAUUAUUAGUAAGACGUAAGACAAAAGUGGUACUGGCUCCGAUUAAUACAAGAGUAUAUGAAAAUGAUGUUGUUAAAUUUGUUUGUACCGCUGAAACUGACCCGGCUGAAUUGUCUAACUUGAAAGUUACCUGGUAUAAAGAUGAUAAUUAUAUUGAUCCAGAUAUAACUCCAAGAAUUCAACAAGUUUGGUUUGAUUAUGCACUAGUUUUAAGCGGUGCUCAACCACGUGAUACUGGACAGUAUCGUUGUAAUGCUAGUAAUGGAUUAGAUUUUGCGACAGCAACUGCACCACUGCUUGUUCAAGGUCGACCAGAACAAGCAAUUAAUGUUCAGGUGAACUGUGUCGAUUUCAUUAAAGAAGAAUUGGCACUUGUUACCUGGUAUCCAGGAUCAGACAAUUAUGCUCCUAUUAUGGAGUAUAUGGUUGAAUAUUCAACUCAAUAUGAACGUGAGACUUGGUAUCCAGCUGAAAUCUUUAAUCUAACUGGUUUAGUUCAAAGUACUUCGGUGAAGGUUGUAUUAAGACCAAAUAUUGAAUAUAAAUUUCGUGUUCGAACAAGAAAUCGUGUCGGUGUAUCAUUGCCUAGUCUACCGACAACAGAAACAUGCGGCAUUCCUGGACGUGUACCAUCAGUCAAUCCUAAAGAACUUUAUGUAUUUGGAACGAUAGGAAAUAACUUAGUUAUUCGAUGGACAACUCUUCCGUAUAUAGAACAUAAUGGAAAUAAUCUGGGAUAUAUCCUUACUGUUCAAUGCUUGAACUGUGCUUCAGUUCCACAAGAUGCAAUAAAUAGUACAACAAUCGGAGAUUGGAGAACUGAUCGUAUUGUUUAUACGUCAUUUAAAGCGGGUACUUUAGUUUCAGAGAUUGAACCAUAUAAAUUAUUUCGUGUAACUAUUAAAAGUCGUAAUGAAAAAGGUGACAGUACUCAAUCACCUACUGUGGCUUUAGGUUAUUCUAGUGAAGCUAUGCCGACAGUUGCUCCACCUGCGCCAGUUUUACUAAAUACAACUUCACAAGGAAUUCUUCUACGGUUGAAAGUAUUAGAAGCUAAUGAAAAGGCUAAUAUUAGAGGAUUUUUCCGUGGUUAUCGAAUUGAAUGGUGUGAUGCAAGUUUAGAUGCAACAAAAUGUGAGGCUAAAAAGCAGUUCAGAGAUUUGAUAUUUAAUGUACCCAAUACUCCUGUACUUUAUACCAAUCGUCGACGAAGAUCAGUGGAUACAGUUUCAGAGACAGUAAAUCACCCAACUACAUCUGAAGGUGAUAUGUUUCACGCGUAUGAAUCAUUUUUAGAGCGUUAUCUUCCUGCAUCUACGAAAGCCUAUUAUCGAUGGCUUAUGGGUUCACUGGUGACAGAAGUUCCUAAUCCAAUUUGUGAAAGUACACCAAGACGAAAUAUAUCUUGUCCAGGAGCUGGUUUAUUUCCAAGAGCUGCUCAGUCGCCUUCUGUUCUUGGAGAUGCUUACAGUAUGUUAGUUGCACGCAGAAGGCGUCAAGCUAUUCCUUCAACUAAUCCUUCAAGCAGUCAAUCUAUUCCAGCUGACGUUCAGUCGGGUGCACUAAUAGACUAUCUACUCACAGGAGUUCCCGGUGCAACGAAUAUUAAAUUAUGGCUAAGAAUUUUAACUAACAAGUAUGCAGGUCCAGCAAGUCCUAUUAUUGAAGUGACUACACCUGAAGGUGUAUCUGGACCAGUGACCAAUUUAAAAUCGGAUGCAAUCAGUGUUAAUUAUGUGGACGUGUCUUGGUCUUUACCAACUGAACCCAAUGGAUAUAUAACCGGUUAUGAAUUGGAAGCUAUGGAAUUGAAUGGAUUGGAUAUUGGUUAUGGAUUUCGUUACCCUAGAAUUACUGACAACAUGACAACAUCUUAUCGAAUGUCUCGGCUGAAAGGGAAUACAACAUAUCGUAUAACUGUAUCACCGACGACUAAAGCUGGUCUUGGAGUUGAUAAUUUCAUUGACAUACGAACUGCUCCAAGUGAUCAAGCCCCAAGUCCACCAACAUUUGUUAUCACUCGUAUUACUGAGACUGGUUUCACUGUUAUUUAUGAGCCUAGUCAUACUGGUCUACCGGGAACUGUAUUUUUUGUACAAUAUCGUCAACCUGGUAUAGUUCAUUGGUUAGAAUCAGUUCGUACAUUUAUUAACCGGACAAUAACUGUUGAUUCACUUAUGUCAGAUACAACAUAUGCAGUUCGAAUGGUUGCUACGAAUGGAGAUGUUAUGUCAGCAACAAGUGAAGAUAGACUAAUACACACUUUAGGCGGUCCAAGUCCAGGAAGUUUAGCUGGAGAUAGUGGAACUUGGUUUAUUAUUGUCUGUACUUUACUGCUUUUCUUCACAGCUCUGCUUAUUAUACUAAUACUUGUACGCAAAAAGAGACUUGAAGAGGUUCAAAAGAAAGCAAACGCUCCAUUGCUUGAAUCACAUCAUUCAUUAUUGAGUCCUGAAUAUGCUCAACCAGAAGAUCCAGAUGCUCAAAUUCUUUAUCAUCUCCCAGGAGCUGCUUAUCCUGAUUUCUCGAGGACACGUCAAUUUUCACGUGAACAAACGCCACGCUCUAUUGACGAUGGCGUAGAUGAAAAUGACAGUGAAGAUCAAUGGUCACCCAGUGAAUCUGAAGUGGUUCGAAAUCGUAGACAACCAAGAGAAGAAACCAACAAUGAGCCUGAAUCAGAAUUUGAAAGAUCUCCAGGACCUAGUGACAGUGAAAUGGGACCAGAUAGUUAUACUGGCUCACCACAGGCUAUCCCUCUACUACCGUUACGCAAUUCACGACCUCUACCACCAAGACAACGAAGUCGAAGUCCAGAAAACAAUAAUUCAUCAAGUCAAUCAUACAUUACAGGCGAUCCAACAAUAAUCUAAAUAACUUAUUGUAGUUAUCUUUUUUUAAACUCUGUCUCUAUUUUGUAUGAAAAACACGACUUUAGUAAUUAUUAUAUUGCCUUUUUUUAUAUCAAGCCUUAUAUUCCAUGUGAUUAAAACUAAUUGCGUUUGUAUCAAUUAGGAAAUCAUUCAUGUUUGAAGGUGUUUAACCAUCUGAUUGUGAUAUUUUGAAUAUGCGACUCAAAAAUGUAUAUUUCAAACAAAAUAAAAAGAUCAAUUGCC